AUGAAAUGGAUUAAUUAUUUUACAGUAUAUAAAAUACCUUUUUAUAUAUAUAAACUCAAUAAAGGUGAUUCCAUCAUCUAUAUGAACUAUAAAAAGCAAUGUACAUCAAUUAUUAUCACAUACGGUAUACUGCAUUUAUUAAAAAUUUUUACAAAUAAAGAAAUUAUAACAAUCGGUAUUUUAGGUAAAGAAAAUAUUAUACAUUCAUUAACAGAACAAAAGAAUUGCUACUAUCAAUUAAUUGCUAUUGAAGAAAGUUUUUUAGUGAGCUUUAAAUGGUCCGAUUUAAUUACUAGCUACAAUUCAUACAAUAAUAAUUAUUUAUUUAUAAAUAUACUUAAUGCAUAUCAAAAUACUCUAAAUAAAUAUGAGAUGAUGAAUCAAAUUUUAAUACAUAAAUAUACAAAAAAUAGAAUUAUACAGUUAAUUUUAUUUUUAUGCAAAGAAUUUGGUUUUAUUCAACAAAAUUUUAUCAUAUUGCCAUUCCAAUUUUCACAAAUAACUAUGAGCAUAGUAACAGCUAGUAAUAGAUCCACUAUAAACAAAGUUAUGAAAAAAUUAUAUAGAAAAAAUACUAUUUUUUACUCACAUAAUAAAUAUAUAUGCUUAGUAGACCCUUUUCAAUUACUUUAA